AUGUUAAAAAAUACAGUGACCAAGCUCCCAGGGACACAACACCAGCUCACAGGGACUCACCAGCUCACCCCAGGGACUCACCAGCUCACCCCAGGGACUCACCAGCUCCCAGGUACUGACACCAGCUCCCAGACACACAAGACCAGCUCACAGGGACACAACACCAGCUCACCCCAGAGACUCACCAGCUCACCCCAGGGACUCACCACCUCACCCCAGGGACUCACCACCUCACCCCAGGGACUCACCACCUCACCCCAGGGACUCACCACCUCACCCCAGGGACUCACCACCUCACCCCAGGGACUCACCACCUCACCCCAGGGACUCACCACCUCACCCCAGGGACUCACCACCUCACCCCAGGGACUCACCACCUCACCCCAGGGACUCACCACCUCACCCCAGGGACUCACCAGCUCACCCCAGGGACUCACCAGCUCACCCCAGGGACUCACCAGCUCACCCCAGGGACUCACCAGCUCACCCCAGGGACUCACCAGCUCACAGGUACUGACACCAGCUCCCAGGGACACGACACCAGUUCACAGGGACACGACACCAGCUCCCAAGGACAGGACACCAGCUCACCGGUACAAACACCAGCUCCACGGGACAUAA